UUGUGUUCGAAGUUGACGGGUGUCCAUUUGAUAAGAAAAUAUUAUACUCCGUAUGACAUACUAUGACCUACAACUGUAUAAAAAAUCAAAGUUUUCUUGUUGACACAAAAAUUUACUCUUAGUAAUUUACUAAAAGAGGCCUAUUGUUUUUUCACAUUUGAUCUCCAUUUGCACGGAAACCGCUCACCAAAGUUGAUGUUGUGUUCUACUUCAAAGCAGAAAUCCGGCGGCUCUAAAUGGCUAGACCGGCUCCAAUCAUCCAAGGGCUUCCCACCCGAUGACUUCGUCAACCUCGAACACUUCUUGCUUCACCAUACUUCUACUUUUCUCAAUUCUCCCCCAAUUAACCCCGCUCUUCCGAGGUCGGAAGACAUCAGUUCCGAAUUCUGUCAACGACGGAGGAACGAAAUUGGUCAAUGCUUUUAGCCAUGUCCUCUCUGAGCUUUUUAAUAUGGGAGAAUCGAGUAAUUAUGCAGCACAUAAAAAGGAGUCUCGGAAACAAUCAAACCCUAGAAUUUUCUCUACUUUUACUUCGGCGGAAUUCAGUAAUGUUUCUGGCUCCUGAGAUGAACGAGGGAAACAAAGAAUAGCGUCACCCAUCAGCGAUGAUCAGACUAGAGGAGAAAUGAAGGAACUGAACGACCAGGUGAAGCUACUGGAGCAAGGGCAGGAUUUCGUGGUGAGUGAGGAGAGGAUGGAUGCAAAUUUAUUGGGAUAUUCCAAGUGUGAGGUUACUGUGAAUGACAUGAGCUGCGCGCCAUGGAAAUUUGAUAAAUUGUUGUUCAGAAAGAAGACUGUAUGGAAGGUUUGUGACAAGAGAACAAAUACACUAUAUCUAGGUGAUGUACUUAUAUUUUACACACUUUUUAGACUUAGUUUGUUGUUAACUUUAGUUAUUAAAGUUCUACUUUUGUACAUAUUUUUAUUAUUUGUCGUUAGUUUGUAUUAGUGCAGUUCUAUACGGGUAUUUUAUAUUUUCAGGUACAUUUGAUGCUAUUUGGAUACAUUUGAGUGUGAAAAAAAGAAGAAAAUAAAAGUUCAAGUUGGAGGUCAAUAAAAAUGGAAUUUCCUUCAAAGCAAAUAAGGAGUAAAUUGAAGAAAAGAAACAAAAAAAUGAAAAGAAAGGAGUUGGGGGUCGAACAUAGGUCAUUGGGCAAGAAGCAAAAAUAACAAACCAGCAAGCUAGUUCUCAUUGUUGUAAAGAAGUCAGCUGACAAUUAUUAUACUCCUUGUGAACGCAGCAAAGAAAAGAAGAACAAAAUGAUGAAGCCAAGUAUUGAUCCCAUGACCUCCGAGUUUUCCCUUAGUCACUCAACCACUACACUAAAUCAAACUGUUGGAACAUCACUGCACUGUGUUGUACAUAAACUUAUCUCUUCCGUAAAUUCCAGCAAUGAUUAAUCACCUUAUAUCAUUAUAUGGCCUAAUACAUCCCCUUCCACACAUAAUCUCGAGCCAACUUCUCUCUACACAUCCCAGAAACAUUUCCUCCUCCUUCUCUUUUCAUUCUUCACCUUCAAAUCAUCAACUCAUCUUCAACCACAACUAAUCACUUCCUUAUCCAAGAUUAAGUCAAGAUUAGCCCCAAAGCUUCAAGGAUUGUCAUCUAUCACAAGUUUGAUCUUCCUUAUCUCAUUAAAUCUUGUACUUUAAUUAUGGAUUCAUCUAUUUCUAUGCUUCCAAACAUGUAUAGCUAAAUAAAUUUGGGGCUAAAAAUUGAUUAAUUAAUUGUUCUUAUUAUGUUUUAAUUUGUAUUGAUUUUAAUUGUUAAGUAUGUUCUACUUAGAUUGUUGUGUCC